AUGCCGCCUGGGAUAAGUAAGAGAAUUAAGACGUUGUCUGUGUCAAGACCCAUUAUAUAUGGGAACACUGCCAAAAAAAUGGGGGAAAUUAAGCCUCCAAAUGCUCCCGCUGAACACACACAUCUUUGGACGAUCUUUGUUAGAGGGCCUAAUAAUGAAGAUAUAUCAUAUUACGUCAAAAAAGUCGUCUUCAAACUUCAUGAUACAUAUAACAACCCAACGAGAAUAAUAGAGGCUCCGCCAUUUGAGCUUACUGAGACUGGAUGGGGUGAAUUUGAUAUUAAUGUCAAGAUUUAUUUCCAUGAUGAGGCCAAUGAAAAAAAUUUGAAUUUCUACCACAGAUUGAGGCUGCAUCCCUAUGAGGCUGGUCAAUCCAAAGAUGAUGAGAUUAGUUCUAUCUUUUUUGAUGAAGUUGUUUUUAAUGAACCCAAUGAAAGUUUUUUCAAGAUUUUAAUGACAAAACCUGGUAAUCUAUUGCCAUCAAAUAAAAGUGAUAAAGUAAUAUUCUCGCAACAACUAGAACGAGAGGAGCUUGAUAGAAUUAAUGCUGGAAUUCUAGAAGUUGAUAAGCAGAUAGAUGAAUUGAAAAAAUCCUUUAAUGAAAAAAUCACUCAGAAACAAGAAAAAUGA